GCCAGAAGCACCUGCAGUUUGGAAUUUGGAAGGGAGAGUAGCAGAGAAGAUAAUAUAGGACUUGGGCAGCGUACCAAAUUACCGAUGAACUCAUCUCUAUCACGCUCUCAUCUGCUCUUUCUCUGGCUCCUCAUCGGCUGAUCCAGCGAAUGGAACGAAUCAUCCAGCCAAGCGAGUAGCAGGAGCUGUAGGCGGAUGCGGUGUUCCAGCCCGCAUUCCCUGUCCUGGCCCCCAUUUCCAGUGAACAAACGCCAUUGGGAAUUUCAGAGAUGGCGCUGACUAGGGUUUCGCUGUCUUGCUCAGCUCGCCUCCUACCCUCCCCCCUGCUCCAAUCCUUCCUCCGCCCUUUCUCCUCCUCGACCUCUCCCCUCCGCAGUUCCCGCCGAAGAAGCUCUCCCAUUGCUGCCGCUUUCUCUCAGGCUUCACAAUCUCCCCACGCUGUAAGGGAGGGGCAGGUGACGGAGGCGCCCAUGCCCAGCUCCACGCGGCCCUGGAAGCCCACGUGCUUGUACUACACCCAGGGCAAGUGCACCAUGGAGUCAUUUCUAACCUUGAUGCUUGCAAAAUGCAUUGGUAGAAGGAUGGCGAGGACAUGUCUAGACAUGAACACAGAGAUGGAUGAUGCUAUGCAUCUUGAGAAGUUCAGUCACAAUUUGAUGAUGGACCUUCCAGUGAAUGCAUUAGCCGCAGAUAAAGUGAAGCCUCAGAAACUGGAUUAUCUUUUGAUUCUUGAUUUGGAGGGUAAGGUCGAAAUUCUUGAAUUCCCGGUCGUGAUGAUUGAUGCUCAAAGCAUGGGAUUUAUUGAUUCAUUUCACAGGUUUGUGCGUCCAACUGUAAUGAAUGAGCAAAGAAUAACAGAAUACAUAGAAGGGAAAUAUGGAAAGUUUGGGGUUGAUCGUGUUUGGAAUGACACUGCUAUCCCUUUCAAGGAAGUACUGCAAGAGUUUGAGGACUGGAUUGGAAAUCACAACCUGUGGAAAAAGGAGCAAGGAGGAUCACUCAAAAGUGCAGCAUUUGUUACAUGUGGAAAUUGGGAUUUGAAGACGAAGGUCCCUGAGCAGUGCAAGGUUUCAAACAUAAAGCUUCCUACUUAUUUUAUGGAGUGGAUUAAUUUGAAGGAUAUCUACCUCAACUUCUAUAGCAGAAGGGCAACUGGAAUGAUGACAAUGAUGAGGCAGCUUCAAAUGCCAACUGUUGGAAGCCACCAUCUCGGGAUAGACGAUUCAAAAAAUAUAGCGAGAGUGGUUCAGCGGAUGCUUGCUGAUGGUGCUAUGAUGCAAAUUACUGCAAAGAGGCAGUCAGCUACUGGCGAUGUGAAAUUUCUUUUCAAGGACCGAAUUAUGUGAUUGAAAUGUGUAACAUUCCCAAUUUUUUAACACAGCGCUGCAGAAUUGACUGGCCAUCAAUUUUGACGUUGUGAACUGCUCUGAUGAUAUUCUAUCGAAGGCUGAAUGGCAUGUCAAAUUUCUGGAGCAAACUGAGAAUGUUAAGAUCUAUCGCAUUGCAGAUCAAGUCGUCUUGAUAUUAGUUUUUUUUUCUUUUACUCAGUUAUGGGUACCCAAAUUAAUUGGUGAGAGAUCUGAA